GCCCCCUUAGCAGAAAUGCCGCACUAUUGUUUUUCCGGUCCCCUCUUCUGCGUCACUUCCGGGAUUCGCCGUGUUUUUUUUUUUUUUAAGACUCGGAAAAUGGCCACUGCGGAUUGUGUUCGCGGUCCAGCUGAGGGGGGCUCGGACUUGGAGCGGCCUUCUGUCCCCGACCCCUGGACGGAACUUGGACACAUAGUGAAGAGGGAGCCAGUAGUAAAACUGCACAGCCCCGUCAGCGGCUUGGAACCCCUCUCUUGGUCUGAAGACCACCGCUUGUCGGCCUCCUGCACUGGCAGCAUCUCCUUAAUGGAGACGGUCUGCGACGUGCAUUCGUUCAGGCAAGAUCUGAUUAUCCACCGCACCAGCAUUCCCGUCCCCGACACCACCUGCGUGUUGAAGGUGGGACCUGAGAAACAAGUGAAUAAGGUUAAAGAAAAAUUUGCCACUUCUAAAGAUCCAACUGUGAGCCAGCCUUUCAUGCUUGAUCGUGUGCUAAAUCCAGAAGGAGGAAUCCUCCCUCCAUUGCGUGGCUUCAAGUAUACAAGUUGGUCUCCACUGGGCUGUGAUGCUAAUGGCCGUUGCUUGCUAGCCUCGCUUACGUUGGACAGCAGGCUCACCAUCCACGCCAAUCUGAAUAGACUCGAGUGGACUCCUUUGGUUGAUCUGACAGAGGCAUAUGGACAAAUGCUGGAAGAGAAAUCUUACCAUUUGUCAGGAGCAGGUGCACCCUGUCAAAAGCUGGAAGAUAUGUCUGAAUACCAGCACAGGCAUUACAUGCAGUGCCCUGUUCGCAUGGAGUGGUCGAGCGUCUGCUCCACUCAAAAGGUCCAAACUAAUAAUGAGUGCAAAGAUGUUGGAACUGUGCUUUUGGCGGUGCUUCUGGAAAAUGGAGAUGUGGCUGUUUGGCAGUUUCAGCUGCCUUUCACUGGUAAAGACUCUGUUGUGUCAUGCAACACUAUCCAGUCGGGUGUGUCAAUGCCAAGUGUAUUGGCCUGGUGGGAAUAUGAGCAUAGUGGGAGAAAAAUGAGUGGGCUUAUUGUUGGCAGCUCUGUGGGACCAGUUAAGAUCUUGCCUGUAAACUUAAAAGCAGUGAAGGGCUAUUUCACCUUACGGCAACCUGUAGUCCUGUGGCAGGAAACAGACCAGAUUCCAGUGCACAAUAUAAAAUGUAUUUCUCUCUAUCAUCCUUAUCAAAAAUGCAACUGUAGUCUUGUGGUGGCUGCCCGUGGAUCCUAUCUCUUUUGGUGCCUUUUGCUCAUCUCUAAGGCUGGACUUAAUGUGCACAACUCUCAUGUUACAGGUCUACACACAACUUCAAUUAUUUCCAUGACUGCCAGUCGCUAUGGGGGUGCAAUCUACACCUGUUCAGCUGACAGUACUGUCAAAAAGCUGACACCAAUUUUUACUGAUGUAGCUGUGAUGUUUGAACAGGAACAGAUACGUUUACCUGAAGGGGUUGCUGGGCGAAGGACACAUGGCAUUGCGGUUAGCCCAAACGGAGCCUACUUAGCCCUUGUAAACACAGAUGGGCUGACCAAUGGGCUGCAUCCAGCCAGCCGGAGUUAUCAAGUCCAGUUUGUCGCCCUCAAGACACCAGAUGAGGCAGCAGCUGAGCUCCUAGAAUCCACUAUUCAAAAUCUUUUCAAACAGGCAGACCUGCUGGAUUUAGUACGAUGGAAGGUACUGAAGGAUAAACGCAUCCCACCUAUGCUACAAGAAGAGCUGGAUGACAAGGUUCAUGCUUCUGGGUCUACGUACCUAUGGAGGUUCAAACUUUUUCUGUUCAGGGUCUUGUAUCAGUCUCUUCAGAACACCCCUUCUGAAGUUCGAUGGAAACCUUCACAUGAAGAAACCAAGGUUUUCAUCAAGGAUGGAGAGUCUGGGAUUUCUGUGAAAGCUGCUGGAAGGGAAGAGGGUGAUGAAGAAGAGGACAGCGAAGAUCCCAAACCAACCGCUAACCAGGAGGAGAACAGCAGCACUUCAGCAUCAGAGGAGCAGAUGAGUGAGAUUAUUGCCUGGAUAGAGGCAGUGGAGUCACAUCUCACGCGUGAGCACAUGAAGAGGGUCCUUGGGGAAGUCUACUUACACACCUGGAUCACAGAAAAUACUAGUAUUCCAACCAGAGGGGUUUGUGACUUCCUAAUGAGCGAUCCCACAUAUGAGGACAGGGCUGCCAGGGUGUUAAUUGGACACAUCUUCAAGAAGAUGAACAAACAGACAUUUCCUGAAUAUUGCAGUCUUUGUAAAGAAGUUCUCCCUUUCACAGACCGCAGGCAAGCAGUCUGCUCAAAUGGACACAUGUGGCUAAGGUGCGUGCUGUCAUACCAGGCCUGUCAAACGCUCACUUACAGAAGGUGUCUGCUGCAAGACAGCAUCGCCAGACAUCCCGUACCUGACGACCCUGACUGGAUAAAACGAAUUUUGCAAGGACCCUGUACGUUCUGUGACUCCCCACUGUUUUAAAAUCGGGGAGCAGUUCCUCUGGGACUUUGGUGGGGAAGACUGUACUCUUGGCAUAAUGGAAAUGACCCUGGACACCGCGUUCACUUUCUGUCCAAAUUCAGUUUAUUUUCCCAAGUCUUCUGCUGAAGUAGAAGAAUAAGAAUGGAAGGAUACAUUUUCGUUCAUUUCAUAUUCCUUCCUAAUCAAUAAUCUUGUUUAUUUGGCUCUCAAAAAUCUUUAAAUUGCUAGAUUUCAGGACGCAAAUUGUGGCUGUCAUCGUUGGUAACAAACAUCUUAGCGUCCUCAGGUUUGGUCAGAGGCAGGUAGCAUUUAUACAUAUGUACUGUGCCCAUGUGGUGGCAAAUGUGUUUAUGGGUUAAAAUUGGUGGUGGGGUUUGGUAUUUGUUCCAGAAUGAGUCCCAAGGUCUAAGAUUACUCAAACUGGGUCUUCAUUGAGUGCACUGAGGAAUCUAUGGGUCUUCAACCAGACCCAAGGAGCUGGGAUUGUGGUUAAAGAUUCUUAUAGACCACUUCAAGACUUAAGUAUUUGAACAUCAAGGAUUUAUUCUCAUGUAACAUUCACAUUCGGUCCAGCGGUGGGAAGCUUAUGGCGGGUGAUUUUGCAGUAGGAUUGGCCAAGAAAAUUUGUAAAGGAAACGGUCCACCUGAGGGAAGACAGUAACUUUUAUAUGGGCUGUGAUAGUGGCUACUAGAAAUGGGCCUUGUCGAUUCCUGGCUUAACCCUUUCCCUUAAAUCAAGAUCUUACCUUCAAGUGGCAGAUCCUGUCCUUCCUUGCUCCGCCGUCCUCAGUUUAGCGGCCCUGUAAGCCCAAGCCAUCCAAGGUUUAGCGUGAAUCUCUCUUAACUCCCAGAUGCGCUAAUAACAAAGCAGGGAAUCCCUGCACGUCCCUCAAGUUUUCUUUAUGUCCAGCUGGCCAUGAUUUGACCACCAUAGCGUGAGCUUCGGUUUUAAGAGGUGAGAUAGGAAGCAGGGCCUGCAAUUAUGGCUUUUGUGGCUUGUGCUUACCUGUCAACCUGGGCCACUCUGAACUGUAGCCCAGGGACCAGGAGCAGAAUGGCAUUGUGGUUAAAGCAGAAGGCUAGAAGGGUGCACAUGCGCUGGUGGUUUGAGUUGUGGCUUUUUUAGAAAGUGAGAAAACAAACAAACAAAAAAAUCUCUGUGAAGAACUAACAUGGUCAGCCUCAUGGGACUGGAGUUAAUGAGAUUCCAGCAUAAUGAGGGACGGAUCUGGCUAGCAGAUGUGAGAUUUUAUUGUUAAUUAAAGGGGUUGCGGUGCAUAUCGUUAAAUACAAUUAACCCAGUUAAAAAAAGAAAGAAA